AUGAGGAACAAGGACAAGAAUAAGCAACAUCAAGCAACCAAUAGCUCCAGAAAUGCAACACAUAGUUUUCAUCUCAGUGUACAAAAGAAAUGCCUUGUAUGUCAAGCCGACCAUUCAAUCUACAGAUGUCCUAAGUUUCAAGAAAUGAAUCAAGAAAAACGACUUAAGCUGGUGUACAAUCAGAGCCGCUGCAUCAACUGUUUGGGUCUCGGACAUGGUUUACAAACAUGUCAAUCCAGAAAUUGCUCUAUCUGUGGAGAUUUCCCAGGUGAUGAUAUUCUUCCCACAGCAGUAAUACAUAUUCUCAAUGAUUCUCAUCAACUCAUUCCAUGCCGGACGCUGCUUGACACGGGAUCAUCUACAAAUUUCAUCACCACGGAACUAGCUGAUCAACUUCAGCUGGAGAAAAUUAAGUGCUCAGUAUCGGUGGGUGCCCUUAAUGACCUCUCUACAGUCUCGAACUAUUAUGUGACUGCAACUAUUCGUUCUCGAUACAAUAAUUUUGAAAGGACACUCAAUUUUCUAGCCAUACCGGCAAUUUCGUCAUCGAUUCCAGGUCAACAACUGGAUAGAAAGUCCUUUCAGGUGCCUCACUCAAUUCGUCUACAACUUGCGGAUUCAGAAUUUCACAAAUCUGCACCUGUUCAAUUGCUUUUAGGAUCUGGAUCUUCAAUCUCUACACUUGCUGUCGGACAACUCAAAAUUUCUGACACUUCUAAUCUCAUCGCACAGAACACUAUGUUAGGAUGGACGAUUUGUGGAAAUAUUCAUAAUACUCAUUGUGAAAAAUCUCAAUGCCAUACCACUACCAGCAUUAUCAACGAAUUAAAAAGAUUUUGGGAAAUUAAAGAUGGAAUAUCCAGUCAAAAACACCUGUCUCCUACCGAAUAA